AUGCAGCAGAAGAGCAAAUUAUUUCUCCAGGCUUUGAAGUAUAGUAUUCCUCGCCUUGGGAAAUGCAUGCAGAAACAGCACUUGAAUCACUAUAACUUCGCUGAUCAUUAUUACGAUAGAAUAAAAUUGAAAAAAUGUCACCUAACCAAGUGUCUGCAGGAUAAACCCACGAUAUCAGAGUUAGCAAGGAACAUCCCGAGUCGGAGCUUCUCAUGUAAGGAUUUUCUGCCUAUUAAACAAGAAAACAAAGACUCACUUUCAGAAAACAUGGAUGCAUUUGAAAAAGUGAGAACAAAAUUAGAAACACAGCCACAAGAAGAAUAUGAAAUCAUCAAUGCAGAGGUGAAGCAUGGUGGUUUUGUUUAUUAUCAAGAAGGUUGCUGCUUGGUUCGUUCCAAAGAUGAAGAAGCAGAUAAUGAUAAUUACGAAGUUUUAUUCAAUUUGGAGGAACUUAAAUUAGACCAGCCCUUCAUUGAUUGUAUCAGAGUUGCUCCUGAUGAAAAAUAUGUAGCUGCUAAGAUAAGAACUGAAGAUUCUGAAGCAUCUACCUGUAUAGUUGUGAAGCUAAGUGAUCAGCCUGUAAUGGAAGCCUCUUUCCCAAAUGUGUCCAGUUUUGAAUGGGUAAAGGAUGAAGAAGAGGAAGAUGUUUUAUUCUACACCUUCCAGAGGAACCUUCGCUGUCAUGAUGUGUAUCGAGCAACUUUUGGUGAUAACAAACGUAAUGAACGUUUUUACACAGAAAAGGACCCAAGCUAUUUUGUUUUCCUUUAUCUUACAAAAGACAGUCGUUUCCUCACCAUAAACAUUAUGAACAAGACUACUUCUGAAGUGUGGUUGAUAGAUGGCCUAAGCCCUUGGGACCCACCAGUACUUAUCCAGAAGCGAAUACAUGGCGUCCUUUACUACGUUGAACACAGAGAUGACGAAUUAUACAUUCUCACUAAUGUUGGCGAGCCUACAGAAUUCAAGCUCAUGAGAACAGCAGCUGAUACCCCUGCCAUUAUGAAUUGGGAUUUAUUUUUCACAAUGAAGAGAAAUACCAAAGUUGUAGACUUGGACAUGUUUAAGGACCACUGCGUUCUAUUCCUGAAGCACAGCAAUCUACUUUACGUUAAUGUGAUUGGUCUGGCUGAUGACUCGGUUCGGUCUCUGAAGCUUCCUCCUUGGGCCUGUGGAUUCAUAAUGGAUACCAAUUCAGACCCAAAGAACUGCCCCUUCCAGCUUUGCUCUCCAAUACGUCCCCCAAAAUACUACACAUACAAAUUUGCAGAAGGCAAACUAUUUGAGGAAACUGGGCACGAAGACCCAAUCACAAAGACUAGUCGUGUUUUACGUCUAGAAGCCAAAAGCAAGGAUGGAAAAUCAGUGCCAAUGACUAUUUUCCACAAAACGGAUUCUGAGGACUUGCAGAAGAAACCUCUCCUGGUACAUGUAUAUGGAGCUUAUGGAAUGGACUUAAAAAUGAAUUUCAGACCUGAAAGACGGGUGUUGGUGGAUGAUGGAUGGAUAUUAGCAUAUUGCCACGUUCGGGGUGGUGGUGAGUUAGGCCUCCAGUGGCACGCUGAUGGCCGUCUAACUAAAAAACUCAAUGGCCUUGCUGACUUAGAGGCUUGCAUUAAGACGCUUCAUGGCCAAGGCUUUUCUCAGCCAAGUCUAACAGCCUUGACUGCUUUCAGUGCUGGAGGGGUGCUUGUGGGAGCAUUGUGUAAUUCUAAUCCAGAGCUCCUAAGAGCUGUGACUUUGGAGGCACCUUUCUUGGAUGUUCUCAACACCAUGAUGGAUACUACACUUCCUCUGACAUUAGAAGAAUUAGAAGAAUGGGGGAAUCCUUCAUCUGAUGAAAAACACAAGAACUACAUAAAACGUUACUGUCCCUAUCAAAAUAUUAAACCACAGCAUUAUCCUUCCAUUCACAUCACAGCUUAUGAAAAUGAUGAGCGUGUACCUCUGAAAGGAAUUGUAAACUAUACUGACAAACUCAAGGAAGCCAUUAUGGAGCAUGCUAAGGACACUGGUGAAGGCUACCAGGCCCCCAAUGUUGUGUUAGAUAUUCAGCCUGGAGGCAAUCAUGUGAUUGAGGAUUCUCACAAAAAGAUUACAGCCCAAAUUAAAUUCUUGUACGAGGAACUUGGACUUGACAGCACCAGUGUUUUCGAGAAUCUUAAGAAAUACCUAAAAUUCUGA